AUGCUAAAGUAUCAGCUUUAUGAUAAGGCAUUAUUCUUUAUUUUCAUGAUAAUAUGUACCUUUGGAAUAAUAGAAGUUGUGACCCAACGAGAUGUAACCAUUCAGUUACCAGACUCGCAAAUAGUAAAUGGAACACUUGGCCCAGAAAGUUCUUCAAAUGUACACUUCAUGUAUAACUCUUCUUUCGUUUCUCUCACACUCGAUAAAUCCGGUGGACUAGCCAAGGUUUUCGGCAGGGCAGUAACAACUAGCCGGCCGUCGGCGAAAAGUUCAACCACUGGGCCAAAGACGAGUACUAGUGCUUUACCCGCUUCCAAAGCUCCAUUAAGUCAUAGUAAUUCUACUACGGUACAUUUUACCGUAACAACAUGCGGAAUACCCGUUGAUCCAAAUACACCUGCCAAUGUAUUUGCAAAAUCAUUAAAAGUUUAUGUUUCCGAAGAUCCGUUAAAUCCACAACCUGGCCCAAGCAAUUACACGGCACAAUAUGACGUAACUAACGGAUAUGUAAAAUUUACAUCCACAAGUCGUAUAAUUUAUAUCGGAGUAUUUACGCCAGUUCAAACCGGACUCGUAGGAAAUUAUACCUUCCAGAUUGGUGCAUCUACACAACGAGCUAUGCAUUAUAUUCCAUCAUUAGUACCAAAUAUAGCGCUAGAGGACACAGAUAAUUCUACCGCUUUAUUUAGAAUAGAUCAGGAUAUUGAUUCAUCACUAAUUUCAACUUACAUAGCAGAGUCAAAUUACGUACAAGACCUACAGAAUUCUUUGUGUGCAUUUCAAUAUUUUCAAUCCAACAAAUUAUCUCACGCUGUAAUUUCAUACAAUUUGACUACACGAGGAUUUAUUUAUCCUAAUUAUGGAUCAAGAAUCACAAUCUCAAUAAGACAAUUGACGAAUGGAACAAAGUACACGGCUUUAGUCGUAUAUAAUCAACCAAACGUAGAAAAUGUUCCUUCAAAGUCCAGCCCAAUAUUCUUAAAAACAAAAUCUCAAACCAAUUGUAGAUUGAUUACUGGCCUUUCAUUUUGUGAUAGAGUGGCGUACUCAGUACCUGCAAAUCCAGCAUUGCCUGUAUCAACAAUCGUUGAUUUCUUCAAUAAUCUCGCAUUGAGUUAUUAUCAAAAUUUCUCGAUUUCAGUUGCCCAAUUAUCUAACACAUCGCAUUAUUCAUUGGUUCGGGAUAUUAAUGAUUGUCUUGCUUCAUACAAGAAUUGGAUCUGUGCUGUGACAAUUCCACGAUGUGGUGAUGUAGAUGGAACAGGAAUUACACGAGAAGUUAAUCAAAGUCGAGUUUCUGACAUCGAUAGUCAAAUGGUUCCUGGUGCUUACAUCGAAGUACCGCCUUGUAUUGAUUUGUGUUAUAAUACAACACAAUCUUGUCCAGUGACAUUGUCUUUCGCGUGCCCACCAAACAAGACAUUAUUACUUUCAAGUUACGGUAUGAUGGGUCCCAAUAAUAAUGCGUCUAAUGGAACAAACGGAAUGUUUUGUAACCCUAUGGGGAGUGAUUGGGUGAAAUCCAACAUUGCAGUACGAAAGGAUAUUCUGCCUGGUCACUGGAAAUGGGUCAUUAUAUUAAUAAACAUCAUAUUAGGGGUUUGGGUGUCUAGCGCUGAGCUUAGAAUGUAA